AUGUCCCUGGCCAGUCUCCAUCACAUCAACCAUCACAGAGGACUAUCAAGCGUCACAGAGGACCAUCAACCGUCACAAGGACCAUCAACCGUCACAGAGGACCAUCAACCGUCACAGAGGACCAUCAACCGUCACAGAGGACCAUCAACCGUCACAAGGACCAUCAACCGUCAGAGAGGACCAUCAACCGUCACAAGGACCAUCAACCGUCACAGAGGACCAUCAACCAUCACAGAGGACCAUCAACCGUCACAGAGGACCAUAAACCGUCACAAGGACCAUCAACCGUCACAGAGGACCAUCAACCAUCACAAGGACCAUCAACCGUCACAGAGGACCAUCAACCGUCACAAGGAGCAUCAACCAUCACAGAGGACCAUCAACCGUCACAGAGGACCAUCAACGGUCAGAGAGGACCAUCAACCGUCACAAGGACCAUCAACCGUCACAGAGGACCAUCAACCGUCACAGAGGACCAUCAACCGUCACAAGGACCAUCAACCAUCACAGAGGACCAUCAACCGUCACAGAGGACCAUCAACGGUCAGAGAGGACCAUCAACCGUCACAGAGGACCAUCAACGGUCAGAGAGGACCAUCAACCGUCACAAGGACCAUCAACUGUCACAGAGGACCAUCAACCGUCACGAGGACCAUCAACCGUCACAGAGGACCAUCAACGGUCAGAGAGGACCAUCAACCGUCACAAGGACCAUCAACCGUCACAGAGGACCAUCAACCGUCACAAGGACCAUCAACUGUCACAAGGACCAUCAACCAUCACAGAGGACCAUCAACCGUCACAGAGGACCAUCAACCGUCACAUAGGACCAUCAACCGUCACAAGGACCAUCAACUGUCACAAGGACCAUCAACCAUCACAGAGGACCAUCAACCGUCACAGAGGACCAUCAACCAUCACAAGGACCAUCAACCAUCACAGAGGACCAUCAACCGUCACAGAGGACCAUCAACUGUCACAAGGACCAUCAACUGUCACAAGGACCAUCAACCGUCACAGAGGUCCAUCAACCAUCACAGAGGACCAUCAACCAUCACAGAGGACCAUCAACCGUCAGAGAGGACCAUCAACCAUAACAGAGGACCAUCAACUAUCACAGAGGACCAUCAACCGUCACAAGGACCAUCAACCAGGACCAUCAACCGUCACAGAGGACCAUUACCAUCACAGAGGACCAUCAACGGUCAGAGAAGACCAUCAACUGUCACAGAGGACCAUCAACCGUCACAGAGGACCAUCAACCGUCACGAGGACCAUCAACCGUCAGAGAGGACCAUCAACCGUCACAAGGACCAUCAACCGUCACAGAGGACCAUCAACCGUCACAAGGACCAUCAACCGUCAGAGAGGACCAUCAACCGUCACAAGGACCAUCAACCGUCACAGAGGACCAUCAACCAUCACAGAGGACCAUCAACCGUCACAGAGGACCAUAAACCGUCACAAGGACCAUCAACCGUCACAGAGGACCAUCAACCAUCACAAGGACCAUCAACCGUCACAGAGGACCAUCAACCGUCACAAGGAGCAUCAACCAUCACAGAGGACCAUCAACCGUCACAGAGGACCAUCAACGGUCAGAGAGGACCAUCAACCGUCACAAGGACCAUCAACCGUCACAGAGGACCAUCAACCGUCACAGAGGACCAUCAACCGUCACAAGGACCAUCAACCAUCACAGAGGACCAUCAACCGUCACAGAGGACCAUCAACGGUCAGAGAGGACCAUCAACCGUCACAGAGGACCAUCAACGGUCAGAGAGGACCAUCAACCGUCACAAGGACCAUCAACUGUCACAGAGGACCAUCAACCGUCACGAGGACCAUCAACCGUCACAGAGGACCAUCAACGGACCAUCAACCAUCACAGAGGACCAUCAACCGUCACAGAGGACCAUCAACCGUCACAUAGGACCAUCAACCGUCACAAGGACCAUCAACUGUCACAAGGACCAUCAACCAUCACAGAGGACCAUCAACCGUCACAGAGGACCAUCAACCAUCACAAGGACCAUCAACCAUCACAGAGGACCAUCAACCGUCACAGAGGACCAUCAACUGUCACAAGGACCAUCAACUGUCACAAGGACCAUCAACCGUCACAGAGGUCCAUCAACCAUCACAGAGGACCAUCAACCAUCACAGAGGACCAUCAACCGUCAGAGAGGACCAUCAACCAUCACAGAGGACCAUCAACUAUCACAGAGGACCAUCAACCGUCACAAGGACCAUCAACCGUCACAAGGACCAUCAACCGUCACGAGGACCAUCAACCGUAACAGAGGACCAUCAACCGUCACAGAGGACCAUCAACCGUCACAGAGGACCAUUACCAUCACAGAGGACCAUCAACGGUCAGAGAAGACCAUCAACUGUCACAGAGGACCAUCAACCGUCACAGAGGACCAUCAACCGUCACGAGGACCAUCAACCGUCAGAGAGGACCAUCGACCGUCACAAGGACCAUCAACCGUCACAGAGGACCAUCAACCGUCACAGAGGACCAUCAACCGUCACAUAGGACCAUCAACCGUCACAAGGACCAUCAACUGUCACAAGGACCAUCAACCAUCACAGAGGACCAUCAACCGUCACAGAGGACCAUCAACCAUCACAAGGACCAUCAACCAUCACAGAGGACCAUCAACCGUCACAGAGGACCAUCAACUGUCACAAGGACCAUCAACUGUCACAAGGACCAUCAACCGUCACAGAGGACCAUCAACGGUCAGAGAGGACCAUCAACCGUCACAAGGACCAUCAACCGUCACAGAGGACCAUCAACCAUCACAGAGGACCAUCAACCAUCACAGAGGACCAUCAACCGUCAGAGAGGACCAUCAACCAUCACAGAGGACCAUCAACUAUCACAGAGGACCAUCAACCGUCACAAGGACCAUCAACCGUCACAAGGACCAUCAACCGUCACAAGGACCAUCGACUGUCACAGAGGACCAUCAACUGUCACAAAGGACCAUCAACCGUCACAAGGACCAUCGACCGUCACAGAGGACCAUCAACCAUCACAGAGAACCAUCAACUGUCACAGAGGACCAUCAACCGUCAGAGAGAACCAUCGACUGUCAUAGAGGACCAUCAACCGUCACAAGGACCAUCGACCGUCACAGAGGACCAUCAACCAUCACAGAGAACCAUCAACUGUCACAGAGGACCAUCAACCGUCAGAGAGAACCAUCGACCGUCACAGAGGACCAUCAACUGUCACAAAGGACCAUCAACCGUCACAAGGACCAUCGACCGUCACAGAGGACCAUCAACCAUCACAGAGGACCAUCAACCAUCACAGAGGACCAUCAACUGUCACAGAGGACCAUCGACUGUCAUAGAGGACCAUCAACCGUCACAGAGGACAGUUCAGGGGCCUCUGACGAUGGUCCCACGGCUGGUUUUGGCCCCUGGGCCUGA